AGGCAGUACAGUCAGUCCACGCGCUGUGAUGCCCUUUUGUGGGAAAGUCCUACUAGAGCACACAGACACACUCACAUCAGUACAGAAGGACACAGAAGGAAACUGCACGUAAAUGAGCCAUUAUACUGAUAGGAUAAGGAGAACAUGAUUUGAGGGUGUUGGGAAAGCCGAUUUUUCUUUUUCAUGUAGUAGAGAGCGUUCACUGGGUUCUGGAUACUGGAUUCACUCGCUAUUGUUGUGAAGGCAGAUAGACGCGCGGACGCGCGGCGGUCGCGUACAGCAGCUGAAGGAGUUUGAAGGGAGAGCGUUUUAUUCCUCUGUAUCUCUUUGUUCGUUUUACUUCAGUUAUACUUGCUGUUAUAUGCACGACUCCUCCUGAACUGUUGUUUGCGGACACAUGGAACUGGUCUGUGAUGUGAAAACUGAUUUUCUUGGAUACGCUGUGGAUUGGAUUUGGACGCGUUUUAAAGUCUGGAUCGUGUGAUUCAUAUACUCGUCAUAUACUUCUUCCAAAAAUGUGUCUCAACUCUCAAGACAGAUAAACGGUUUGAAGAGCAGUGGGAGUCUGAACUUUAAACCAGGAGCCGAUAUCCCUCUUGAAUGAUGCCCAUAGACAGACUCGCAGACAUGGAGGAGAAACUUCGUAUUUUGGAGGAUCUCAAUAUGAUUUACAUUCGUCAGAUUGCCCUGAGUUUAAAGGACAGUGACAUUCAGAAGAAGAUCGACUAUGAGAUUCGGAUGCGUGAGGGUGCGUGUAAGCUGCUGGCCGCAUGUUCUCAAAGGGACCAGGCGCUGGAGGCGUCCAAGAGUCUCCUCACCUGCAACGCUCGCAUCAUGGCCUACAUGUCAGAACUGCAGCGCAUGAAGGAGGCACAAGUCAUGCAGCGGGUCGCACGCAGGUCUUCUGAUGCUGGUCCAAUGGAUGAUCGAUCCCCGUGUAAAGGCAAAGUAGCCAUUUCAGAUCUACGGAUACCUCUAAUGUGGAAAGACACAGAGUAUUUCAAGAACAAAGGAGAGCUGCACCGGUGCGCUGUGUUCUGUCUGCUGCAGUUGGGUGGCGAGAUCUUUGACACAGACAUGGUGAUGGUGGACAGGACGCUGACAGAUAUCUGCUUUGACAACACAAUUGUCUUUAAUGAGGCCGGUCCAGGGUUCGAGCUGCGGGUGGAGCUGUAUAGCUGUUGUUCAGAGGAGGACUACUCAGCAGGCAGCACACCGCGGAAGCUGGCCAGCAAGCUGAGCUCUUCUCUGGGAAGGUCGGCAGGAAAGAAAAUGAGGGCGGCCUUGGAGCCUGGAGCCUGCAGCCCCACUAGCAAUGGAGGAGGAGCGACAAUCCUGCUGCCUGUGCCCUCUGUACCGGGGCCCAAAUAUCAUCUUUUGGCUCACACAACCCUCAAUCUCUCUCACGUCCAGGACAGCUUCCGCACACAUGACCUCACCAUCACAGGAAAUGAGGAGUGUUCAUACUGGCUGCCUCUGUAUGGCGGUGUAUGUUGUCGUCUGGCUGCUCAACCUCAUUGUAUGACACAGCAGAUGAUGAGUGGCUGUCUGAGGGUUAAGCUUGGAGGUGAGCCACAAGGAUGGACCAAUGUCUAUGGUGUUUUAAAAGGAACAAACCUCUUCUGUUAUCAUCAGAAGGAGGACAUGGAGGCCAGUGUGGAGCCUGUCUUAACUAUUGGGAUUAACAAAGAGACGAGAAUACGGGCCGCAGAGAAGGAUCCUCACAGCAAGGCACAGAACAUCUGUAUCACUAACCAGUAUGGAGGAGAGGAGGUGACGCACACACUAGCGGCGGACAGCAGAGAAGACACUCAGCGCUGGAUGGAGGCCUUCUGGCAGCAGUUCUAUGAUAUGAGCCAGUGGAGGCAGUGCUGUGACGACCUGAUGAAGAUUGAGCUGCCUUCACCUCGCAAACCUGCCAUUGUCACACCGAAGCAGGGCUCUCUGUAUCAUGAGAUGGUUAUUGACACGUCUGAUGACAUUGGAACGGUCACUGACAUCCUGGCUCGUCGUAUUGAAGAGUUUGAGCUGAGGGCCCAGCUGGGAUCUCCUCCUCACUGGAUGUCCUUGUUUGAUGAAGAUCCCCCGAGAUCCCCUCACAACCAUCACCACCUGCCGCCCCACUCGCCCAGUCCUCGCCUGCACAGCCGCCAGCCCCGCAGCCCACGCUGCCACCGCACACCCGGCCUUCUCUCCUCCAAUGCUAGUCUGACCUCAGACAGCGACAGUCCCACCAGCGUCAGCCCCUGCUUCCGCCAGGCAUGGUCCCCCGACACCUCUUCCCCCUCCGGCCGCUUCCGCCCCCGUACCCUCUCCCUGGACGCCAAGCUCUCCACUCUGCGCGGCCGAGGCUACGGCGGCUUCCGGUGCAACUGCCAGCCGCCGACCGCCAGCUCUGUGUCUCCUCGUCCCACUCAGACUGCUCUGUCCUGCUCCAGCUCCACUUCCAGCAGCAGCUCCAGUGAGGGAAGCAACAGUCAAGAGUCAGACCUGGGCUUCUCGAGACCGUCCGGCGCACGUCGUAGCUUGAGGAACCUGAGAGCCAAGCUAGACCCCAGGAACUGGCUGCAGAGUCAGGUGUAGCUGUCACAUUUCUUCUGGUUAACGUCAGAGCCAUCACAACUCCCUGGAAAAAACUGGAAUACCUGAGGUCAUGUAUGCUCAAUGUCUGUCACUGCGUUCUAUUCACAUAAUGAGAUCAACAUGAAAAUGAACUGUUCUUCUGCCUUUUAAAGGAGCCUCCACAAUGGGAAUUCAAUACUACUAGUUAUAAAAUACACUACUAAUGUAUAUAUAGCUUUACACAUUGUCUCUCCAUGAAUAGCUCAUUAUUUUGGAUCUUUGGAGAGUGUAGAUGUUUUAUGUGAGACAGAUUCCUGGUACAGUGGUUAUAUACUGGAUUGAAGCAGUUGUCCUGGUGUUGUAAGAGCUUUUUGGCCAGUCAUUGUGUCUGUGUGCACUGUUUUAGAAAUAUGCUUCAGAAAGUGCUAUUAGGAUCAAGUCUGCAGAGUAUUCAUCAUCACAAGGCUGGCAAAAACACUACUUUUCAAAAGUUUGGGGUCAGUGAGAUUUUUAAAUGUUUAUGAGAAAGUUUUAAGUCUCUUAUGCUCACCAAGACUGCAUUUAUUUGAUCAAAAAUGGAGUAAUAUUGUGAAAUAUUAUUAUAGUUUAAAAUAACAGCAUCAUUACAUAAUCUUUAUAAUUCCGUGAUGUGGAAAACAUGGACGGAAUCCAGUCAUAAAACAGAAAACACUAACACAGAAUCACGGAUUUUGCCAAAUUUUGAAUGAAUAAAUCAAAAGUAGGUUGGUAAACGACUUGAAAUGCGAUAUGGAGUACUGUAUUUUCUGCGUGCUUCUGUGUGAAUGGGUUGCCAGGUUUUCAUAACAAAACCUGUCCAAUUGCCACUUAAAACUAGCCCAGUCGCGUUUCGAGGGGGUCCCUGCUAAAAAACGCAUUCUUGGAGAUAAAAUACAAGUUUUUUUUGUUAAGGUUCCCCUGGUAAAUUCGCAUUUCAGGGGCUAAAUAUGACAUUAUUGGGAUCGCUUCAACCCGUGGACAUUAAAAACUACCUUUGGCAACAGUGUGCAAGUAGCCCAAUUCCGUGAAAACCGCAGACUUGGCAACACUAUAUGUCAUUUUACAGUUUCUUUUGAGAAGAACAACCCUCAUAGGAUAUACAAACAGAAACUUAAAGGUCUUCACAGCAACCCGUCAAAAUAAAAGUUCGGUUUAACUUAACGAACCUGUCACAGAAAUAUAUUACUUAAUGUAAUGGCAGUACUGCUACUAAUAAUAAAAUUAUUAUUAAAACAUUAUUGUUAAGAAAAAUUUACUAGAAAAAAAAUAUUUACCUGAAAAUGCACAACAAAUAAAUAAAAUGGUAAUAAUUUUCUUUUUAUAAAAUCGGUUAAUUAGAGAUGCUUUUGCUAAUCAAAAUGUAAUGAAACAAUUAAAAUUGAAUCCAGAAAAAAAGGAAAUUUGGUCAAACAAAACUGAAUUUUUUUGAAAAAAAAAAAAAAAAAAAUUUCAUAGGGCCUUAAAAAUUACAUAAAAUUACAUUUUGUUGAACUUAUAAUAAAUUACUGUUAAAUUGUGUAAGUUUCAUGAUUUAAUUGAUUCAUAUAUUUUUUUUAAUUUAACCAUUAAAGCAGAGAGUAGAAUAAUUAAAACGGAAAAAUUAAUACAGAAAAAAAAAUGGAAUUUGGGGGGAAAAAAAACAGCGUUAUUCUAAUUCCAUGAUGCGGCAAACAUGGACAGAAUCCCUGUUAAAAAUCGCGUUCUGGGAGAUAAAUUAGACGUUUUUUGGGAAUCUGGGAAAAAUAAAAUGGAUUUCAUAGGGCCCUGUGUGCUUAAGAAGCAUUUCUCAUUAUUACCAGGGUUGAAAACAGUUGUGCUGCUUAUUAUUUUUAUGGAAACAGAUUUCUUUUUGUAAGAUUCUGUGGUAAAUACAACAAAGCAGUCAUUUUUGGUCUAUUUAAUGCAGCCUUGCUGAAUUAAAGUAUUAACAUCUUUAAAAAAAAAAAAAAAAAGAUAA